AUGGCGAUCGCGCGACCAAAUGUCCCGCGUCCGCCCGCGGGCUACGUCAAGCAGAAGCGGGAGGAGCGUCGCAUAGAGGCGCCCAAGCAGGCGGAGAUGACGCGCCAGGAAGAGUACUCGCACUACCCGCCUGAUAGCUGCCCUUCUCUGUGUCGCCCGUGCGAUGCGGCGUGCUGCUGCUGCAUGAACUGCCUCUUCGAGUUGCCGGUCGGCAUUGCCUGCGCCGCUGGCUGCUGCCCGGGUGGACUUUUCUGCUGCACGCCGGUGACGCUGAUUUGCGACGCCGUAAUAAAGUGCGCGUGCUGUUGCGGCGAUCCAAACGACCGGCUCUGGGACUUCUUCACCCUCGUGAUACCGCCAUCCCUCAUCCACCACGUCUCUGCACGUUACAUGCCUUACUUGACCAUGUACACCGGCGUGCUCGCCGCUGGCCGUUUCUGGUACCCGCUGACUGCGAACCCCAGCUGGCCCGCUAUCACGCCGUGGGUCUACACGCUAAACAAGCUGGCGAAGGAGGAGUGGUUCGACUGGACCCGCGGCGCGCGCACGCCUGAGCGGGCAGGGGAUGGCGGGCGGCUCCCAGCGCCGGAGAAGGUCAAGACUCUGUUUGAUCGAGGCGACCCCGAGAGUGAGAACGCCGCGCCGUGGGCGCAGUGCUUGGAGGAGGCUGGCGUGACGGGCCCCGGCGUCCCGCCCACGGGAGACUCUCCGCCGCUGUGGCCGGCCGGGCCGGCCCCGCAGAACCCGCGCACGAAUGUGCUCGCCAUGUGGACGGUCAAUUUCUUCAUCGCCACUUGGUUCCAGUCCGGCGUGCUGACCGACGGCGAGCACUACACCCGCAACUUCUCGGGCGACUUCGACAUGGGGUUCGUGUACGGGCAAACCAAGGAGCAGCAGGCCUUUCUGAUGAACAAGGAGGAUGGCACCGUCCGCGUCAACUCCUCGGGCAGGCCGCUGCGAUACAUGGACGCCGACAAUGGCCCCUUCUCCCCGGAGUCUAGCGACACGCUCAAGUUCGGCAAGCUCAAAGCCAACGUCUGGGCUUCGGGCAGCAACCACACGAACGUGCACGUGGGGAUGUACUUCAUGCUCUCUUGCGCCCAGUCGGUGCACAACGUGCUGGCGGUCGAGAUUCGCAAGAUGCACCCCGAGUUUGACGGGCCCCGGAUCUUCGAGAGCACGAAGCAGCUCCUCACCUUCCUCUUCUUUCAGGUGGUCCGUCGCGAGUACGUCGGCUUCCUCAACGGCGGCACUGUGCGCGAGGUCAACGCUCAGGUCGCGGCCCUCAACGUUCCGCUCAACCGCUACUCGCCGAUGGUCGCCGGCCUGAACGUGGCCAAGCAUCUGACAGGCGACUUGUUCACGGGCGCCUCGGCGGGUCUCGAGUACGAAACGUCGUACAUGUGGCACGCCAUGCCGCCAGAGGAGCUCGGCCCGCUCGGGUCGUAUUCCGAGAAGUGGAUCGCCAAGCCCGGCAACUGGACCGACGCCGCGACGGGCCCGACGCUGCGCGAGCUUUUGCACGCGGCGCAAGUCGCGCCAUCCUCGCUCCAGACCCUCGGCAACACCCCCUCCUACCUCCUCAACUUUGAGAUGAAGGUUGUCGAGCGCAGCCGCGGGCAGCGCGUGGGGUCGUUCAACCAGGUGCGCGCAGCAAUCCACCUCCCUCCCAUCACCAGCUUCGACCAGUUUGCCGCACCGUGGGACGCCAAGCUCGCCGCCGUCUACGAGCACCCGGACGAUAUCGACCUCUACGUGGGCUACAAUGCUCCGGUGAAGGGCGAGUACGACCCGGAGCGCUCGUUCAUGACGCAGAGCAUGUUUCGGAUGGUGUCGACGCUCGUCUAUAACAUCGGCGUGAGGGAGCAGGACUGCCUCCGCAUGGUGCCGAGGGACGUCUGGGCGCGCUUCAAGGACAUGGACCUGUACUCCAUCUGCGCGACUGCGAUUGCAGCCGACCCCGCAAGCAUCGCGCAGCCGGGGCCAAACAAGCCGCUUCCGCCCGCCUCGUACUCGGACCAGGGCGUCAACAUGUUUUACCCACGUGUGCCAACGGCUGUGUAGAGCGCGCGUGUGCGAGCAGCAGCGCGCUGGCCGAGGUCGGUGAAGGCGAGGCGGAGGCGAGCUACGGCUUUGAGUGUGCACAACGGAGGCUGGUCGGCGCUGGCCUGUCCCUGUCUCUGUCUCUGACCUGGUAUGUAUCUGCCUCUGCCCAUGCCCCUGUCUCUACCCUCCAGUGGGCCACUGUCUCUGCCUCUUGUCUCUGUCUAUGCCAAUGCACAUAUGCAUAUGACGUCGUAGCUUAGCUGUACGUGCUAGCUUAGCUGUACGUGUGUGUGUCAAUGUGAUGUACAGAACCACAGCCUCGC